AUGGCGCCCGCGGGACCACGAAAGUGGGUGAAUGCAAACGAAGACUCUGAGAUAGUACCUACGUCUAAGGCUGGUGGCGUGGAUUCGAACACUUCCGCAGAGACGAGAGCACUCGAUAAUCAAAAUGAUAAUAGAACGAGCUGGUAUACUCGAACCUGGCCGCGCAAACCCAAGGCACCUGCGGUCGCUGAAGUUGCGCGAGAGAGCAUUGCUGCCGAAACAAUUUUGACAACGGAACGGAACUUGUCAACUUCAACGCCUCCUAACAGAAAUCAACCUGCUAGGCCCCCCUCUAUUGGAUUGACGAAGAAGAUCGGAGGAUCGACAAGGUCGCUGCCGGCGGAAGUAGCUACUACCCGGAUUAAUAUUGCAUCAAUUAGGUCCCCUUCGGUUUCCGAUACGUUAAUAUCCGGCAAAGGUGUUGGAUGUGACAUACAACAUAAUACCUCAGAUGGCUCAGCGCCCGUAUUGACGACUGUUUCAACAGAGGCUCAAAAGGACCAAGUUACUAAGGAACUCGGUGGCAUGGUGGCCCAGGACACCGUUCCGGAUAGUAAUCAAGAGGGAAAGGAAAAUCAACAGGCCCACCCCAGUCAGACAUCAGGCUGGAUUGGCUGGAUUCCUCUCCCAAAAAUUGGCGGCCAAUCCACAGCAAAAAUAGAGCACACAGAGCAAUCGGCGAAAGUUGGUGUAGUGGCCGAAGAGUUGAACAAAGAGGAGCCGUUACCCCACGCUCCUCAAGAAGAAACUGAGUCAAGUAAUGCCGAACGACUCGCAGCUGCAGUUGAUCCAAAAUCUACUGCUCUUGAGGUCCCAGCUCCUAAAAAAAGAGGUUGGUUGCAAGUGUGGGGAGGCUAUCCCACUCCUUCGCAACAAGUAGAAAAUAGGCAGAAUGAGGGGCCCGUGAAAAAAGGUGGAGAGGACGUAAGCGAACCGGGCGCGCGCAACAAAUCCUCCAUUGCAAAGCCUAGCGCUACAGACUCGCAGAUGGAGAGCAACAUGGAGCCACCAUCGGACGAGAAUGUUGAUUUGAAGGCGGCCCCUUCAGAUACAGCAAAGCCAUCUAGUUGGUUUUUUUGGUCCAGAGAUACACAGAUAAAGCAUGCUACAACAAGCGCAGAACGGCCUGAACCAACCGAAGACACAACUAAUCCCCCAUCCGAAGAUCAGGCGUCCGCAUCGAUCAGGGUAUCAGAAUACGAACCAAGCGCUGUAGCGACGGAAACCAAACCGAAACAGACUCCAACUGAUGCAGUAUUAUCCGAUCGGCAAGCUAAACCAAGCACUAAAAAGCCAAUUGCCCCUUCGAAGGAAAAAUCUUCCGCAACGAAGAUAACAUUUCCUAAUCAAGUGCUUCCCGCAUUAAGGGAUAACUUCCCCGUGCAGGAGCGGGCCAGUAUUGUUCGGCAACUUGGUAGUUUCCUAUUCUAUUGCAACAAUACCGAACCUCGACAUGUAAAGCUGACAAAUUACGCACCGCGCGUUAAACAAGCGCUUGCGAUCGGAGUGCAUGGAUUCUUCCCGGCACCGCUUAUUCGUACUGUUCUUGGGCAGCCAACAGGCACAUCCGUCAAAUUUUCGACCAUGGCGGCGAAGGCUAUUCAUUCAUGGACAGAGUCACAUGGUUUUGCAUGUGAAAUCCAGAAAAUAUCCCUCGAGGGCGAAGGGCGAAUUUCCGAACGUGUAGAUUUACUUUGGAAAUUACUCCUCAAUUAUAUCGAAUAUAUCAAGAAGGCCGAUUUUAUUUUGGUAGCAUGCCAUAGCCAGGGUGUCCCAGUCGCGGUCAUGUUAGUGGCGAAACUGAUAGCUUUUGGCUGUGUGAGCUCUGCACGAAUUGGCAUAUGCGCCAUGGCGGGUGUCAAUCUAGGACCAUUUCCCGAUUAUCGAUCCCGCUGGAUCAGUGGAUCAGCCGGUGAAUUAUUCGACUUCGCGAAUCCGGACAGCAAAGUUUCACAAGAUUACAUGUCAGCACUUGAAACUGCUCUUGACUUCGGGGUGAGGAUCGUAUAUGUGGGAAGCAUAGAUGAUCAACUUGUGUCAUUAGAGUCUUUCACAUCUCGUCAGUUUCGCGAUGAAAUUGCGUAA